CGACGACUAUCGUGCGCGCCUGGUAUGAUGCUUUCCAAAGACAAGUGCACUCCUCUUUAUAAGAAAAUGGUGUAUUCAGAUAACGAUGUUGUGUUUGGACUCCGGUUUAAUCUUCUUCCUACACAUGCUACUAAAAGUCUUGGAUGGGUUCAUCUUGGGAUGUUGGCCCAGUCGGUUCUAAAUGAAUUCUACUCAAAACUGAUUCUGUUGUACACAACAUAUAGCGCAAAUCUAUGUGCUUUUAACGCCUACGUGAAGCUUGAACAAAGUCUUGAAAAUACAGUUAUUUCAAUGAAAGAAGAAAAUUUAACGGAUAUUAUGACAUUCGUUUCUUAUCUGGCUAUUGUAGUGGAUUUCAGCUUUGAAGAGAUAAGAAAUAUUUCCGCGACCCUAGAGGAAAUGGCGGCGCUUUUUGCAACACACGAUUAUUAUGCCCAAUAUCUUGUCCAGUACCAACCAGAUGAUUUAGAAAUGCCAACAAAAUAUAAUUACAAUGUCAGUGACGAAUUUGUAAAAACUGUAGAUGAACUUGAUCUAGACCCUUUUCAGUAUACAAUGAUUUUAGGCGGUCAGAAUGAUCCUGAAGAUGGAUUAGGAAUCGUGUUAUUUCACGAGGAUUUUUUGGCACCUGAAGAAAGAUGUGAAUCUACAUUAUCAAUUCAGCCAAAUCCUUUUUGUGCCUGUAUAGAACUUAACCGCAACGAAUUUAAUAUAGAUAUUGCUAACAGAAGAAUUAAAACUGACGGUUUCUCUGACAUGUCGUCCUUAGACUUGACGUUCUCAAAGAUUUUGUCUUCUAAAAAUGCAGGAGCCGUACUGGUUUGUUCUGAUGAGUAUUUUUCGCAGUUACCUUCAGAAGAAAUUCCCGAAGUUAAUGACCAGUUGGUUCUUUUGACUAUCAUUUGUCUAGUUUGUUCUAUCAUAUCCCUUUUAUUGACCUUUGUAAUCUAUUCUAUGCUGCCUAGUUUAAGAACUCUUCCUGGAUUGAAUAACAUGGCUCUAGUCUUUCACCUUUUCCUUGCACAUACGUUGGCUUUGGUAAUUGCUGUAACAGACAUAAACGUGCAAUGGAUUUGUUCUGCAGUGGGCGUUCUUCUCCACUACACUCUGCUGUCCAGUUUCCUAUGGAUGUUCAUCUGUACCUUUCAUAUGGCGACUGUUUUCGGAAAGAUAAAAGAUAGACCUGGCCCUGUUCAUACCUACAAAUUUUUUCAUUACUUGAUAUUUACUGAAGUAAUAUCUGCUCUUCUGAUAGUAUCUAACAUUGUUGUCGCCCUUAUUUCAAGCAAGCACUCUACUGGAUUUGGCUACGGUGGUUCUAGCUGCUAUAUUCGAGACUCGAACAUGAUUCUCUUAUUUGUUGCCGUCCCGCUUGGUCUUGUUCUCACGGCCAACUUUGGUAUGUUUGUUUAUGUCAUUUGGAUCGUUGCCCGCUUACCAGACAUGGCAAAACAUAGUAACCACGAACGGCACAAUAUAACGAUAUUUUUCAAGCUAUCUACUCUAACUGGUAUCACAUGGGUAUUUGGAUUCUUAUAUCAGUUCUUUGACAUACUUCUUUUUGCCUAUGCCUAUAUAGUUCUCAAUGCUGGCCAGGGCGUGUUUAUCAUGUUUUCGUUUGUACUGAAUAAACGAGUGUUCUUCAUGUUACGCGCUAAGAGCCACGCGAAAGAAAAUGGCCGCUCGGAUGAAACGACUCGGCAAGUCCAUGUUUCAGUUGUCUCUUAACCCUUACCCUGCUAAAUUUCUAAAAUGGACUGGUCCAUCAUUUAAUUUGGGCAAUACCAUUUAUUAUUUGAAGGGAUCUUUACUGACAAUUUAUUGACUGAAUGCGCAGGCUGAUCUUGGUCUGCACCGGUCGCAAAAGUGGAAUCACUUGCCGUCAGCAGGCUAAAGGUUGAAGAUAACCAGUGCCUGUCUUUCAUUAAAUAUUUUUUUCAUGAGAUAUUAACUUCAAUUCUAGAAACUCUUAUUCAAAUAUAUUUAAUAAGGUUGGAAUUUAAAACGGGAGAGGUGGCCUAGUGGUUAAGGUGUUGGCCGCUCAAGCCGGGGGUCGCGUGUUCGAGCCCCACUGGGGUCACGACAAUGCCUUCUCAUUUGACACCAGUACUGGGUUUUUCAGGAAGCGUACUCGAGAGAGCUUAAAGCUUUUACACUAUCGAGCUAAAAUAAAUUAGUAUAAACAAAUAAGGUGGGCAGUGGUCAUUCUUCAAUACAAAAUUUAUCUGUGAAUUUGUAAUAACUGUAUUCAUAUACUUCUAAAUGUGCAGAUCGUACUGGUAAACAGGCUUACUUUGGUGAUUUAAAAAUAAACUACCAACCGUUUGAUUUUGUUAGCAAUUUUGAAGUAUAAGGUGGACAGUCAUUAAUUUACGAAUUCGAGCAUUUUUCUUCUUGAGAUAAACGAAAUUCGACUAAAAUGAUAUUUUGUUCACGUGUUUUCGGGACGGAACUCGACAAUGUCUUCGAGAUAGAUAUAACUUUGAGUAAAGCGAGUUGAAGAUACCGAAUUUUAACUGUAUAUGUUGUUUAUCUGAACAAUUUCAGUUAUAUGGUAAUUAUGAUCCGGCUGUUUUGGGAGACAACGCGUAUUUGUUGUUCAGUUCUUUCAAUAUUGGGCGUUAAGCUUUUCUCCACUUUAAUUGUGUUUGACGGAACAUUUUUAUUGUAUUUGUUGUGUUUAACUUCGCACCGAAACAAUUAUAGGUCAUAUGGCGACCUUCAAGCUUUUGACUGUGGUGAAAGACCCCAGGUGCCCCUCCGUGCAUUAUUUCACCACGGGUGGGCACCAGGGUAAAACCACCGGCUUCCUCACAUAAAAAAAUCAAUGCCCCCAGUGAGGCUCGAGCCCACAUCGGCGAGGGGCAAACGAUUUGAAGCCAACGACUUUAACAACUCGGCCUCGGAGUUCCCCUUGACUAAAUGGAUUAAAACCCCUAUGAUAUGCUUCUUACAAAUCCUCGGGACUUUACUGUAGUGACGUGCUGAUUAAUAAAACAAUCAUUAAUAAAAUAUCCGUUAGAUGGUCGACAAUAUUUUGUAUUGUUUCUUAAUUUUGAUGUAUUAAUAAUGCUUUAAAAUACACUGCAUUUAGUAAAACUGCUAUCCUUAACUAUUAGUACAGUCUACUCGGGUAUUCCGAAUCAGUCUCAAAUUGGGUCAGUCUAAACAUUUCACAGCAGCUGAUGAUGACAACAAAUGCCUCGAAAAAAACUAGGAAACGGUUUUGUCUGUAAAUUAAAAGUAUCAGAUUAAACAGCCAAAUGUUAUUGUUUCAAGUGAUAAAAACAAUAUAAUUAUGUCGUAUAGUGACUCGA